AUGUCUACAAAUCCACAAGCACAUAAAGAGGGUUUUGUCAUUGUUUAUCUUGAUGCUACAUCCGAUACGAACAACAGCCAGGAACAAGUAGUCGAACAAUUGCACGAGUUGCAUGAUAAGAUUCAAAUAUUUUCUAUUUCUGAUCAAUGUAUCGAUUAUCUUAUCAAGUUGGAAAAUGUGCAUGUAAUAUUUCUUUUCAUUACCGAUACGAUUGAUCAUCCAGUACUUACUUGUAUUUCGAAUCUUUCGUCUGUUUCAUUAAUCUAUAUUCUAUAUACUUCUAGCGAGAAGAUUGAUGAAUGUCAGCUCCAAUCUUUUCGAAAAGUUGUACGCAUUUCUCCUGAAAUUCAUCAAUUAAUGGAUCGGAUUAAAUAUGAUAUUCGUCGACUCCAAUAUGAACACAUGAUAUUUGAAAUACUUUCAAAAUCAAAUACUUCAACAUUGUCAAAAAAUCUAAACAAACAAGAAUAUUCGUUUAUGUUUACAAAAUUAUUAAAAGGUGUAUUUUUAAAUUUUCAAGAUGAUAGUACACCUGAACUAGUUGAAUAUUGUCAAAGUCUUUAUCGUAAUGAUUCAGUUGAACUUUGUAAGAUCGACGAAUUUAAGCGUCUUUAUAAAGCGACAGAUGCUAUUUCUUGGUACACAAGAGAUACAUUUGUCUACAGAAAGUUGAAUGAGGCACUUCGCACACAGAAUGUUGAAGCAUUGUACAAGAUGCGCACAUUUAUUCGCCAUCUUCAUCAGCAACUUGUUUCAAUUCAAACAGAGAGUCAUAUAUUAAUUCCUCCUCUUUAUCGAGGUGUAAACAUGAAUAUCGAUGAAUUUAAAAAUAUAAGGAAUAAUGAAGGUGGCCUCUUUUCGAUCUCUAGUUUUCAAUCAACUAGCUCAAAUAGAAACAUAGCAGCUGUUUAUGCAGGAGAAUCUGACAGAGAGAAAGUGGCUGUUAUUUUCAAAAUAAAAAUCGAUUCAAAUGAGGUAAUUAAUAGCUCAUGUGCAUGUGUCGAACAAUACAGUUAUUUAGGAUCAGGUGAAAAUGAAUGGCUCUUUUCAAUUGGUUCUGGUUUUCGUAUCGAAAAAGUUGAACGAAUCGAAAACAUUAUGCAGUUGAUUUAA